AUGAAUUUCGACCUACCCGCAGAAUUGAAGUCUCACCUCCAAUCAAUAGAUUCUUUUAUCAAUUCCAUAAUAAUUCCCCUCCAACAUGCCGAGGAUAAUAACCGGUUCUUCGACCACAGACGAGAGCACUCCCGGACAGAUUGGGAUAACGAUGGCAACCCGCGACCAGAAUGGGAGACCUUGCUAAGCCGAGCUCGCCAACUUAGCGAUGAAGCAGGCUUCUAUCGUUUCGCGCUACCCAAGCAAUAUGGAGGCGAGGAGCACCCCAGCACAAACCUUUGGAUGUCCGCGAUUCGGUAUCAUUUAUCCUCGCACCCCACAUAUGGAGGCGGCCUUGGACUUGCGAAUGAUCUGCAAAACGAGCAUAGUAUUGUCGGCAAUUUCCCUGACAUCUAUAUGAUCCACCAUUUUGGGAGUGAAGAGCAGCGCCGCACCUUGAUUCCCGCUCGUUUGCGCGGCGAGUUUCGAUCAACAUUUGGUCUGACGGAGCCCGAUCACGGGAGUGAUGCCACCUUCAUGUCAACAGUGGCUCGUCACGACCGUGGCGGUUUCGAAAUAACUGGAAUGAAGAAGUGGCAAACUGGUGCGCAUAAUUGCACCCAUCUGAUUGUCUUCGCCAGAACUUCCGGCGUGGCAGGGUCGGCGAAAGGCAUUACGGCCUUCUUAGUUCCACGGGAAGCAUCUGGUGUUCGAAUCCUGAGCUAUGAAUGGACAAUGAACAUGCCGACAGAUCACGCGACCGUCGAGCUGGAUCAUGUGUGGGUGCCAGAAAGUGCGGUAUUGGGAUCGCUUCAUCACGGCUUGGCAAUUGCUCAGACUUUUGUGCAUGAGAAUCGCGUCCGGCAGGCUGCAAGCGCGUGCGGUGCAGCGCGAUUUUGUCUUGAAAAAAGCAUUCUUCGCGCUCGUGAGCGCAAAAUUUGGGGGGAGGGUAAAGUGCUCGCCGACAACCAGGCAAUCCAAUUCCCGGUGGUGGAGCUGAUGACUCAGGUGGAGAUGCUGCGAUUAUUUAUACUGAAGACAAGUUGGGAAAUGGAUUGUAUUGUUGCUGCAAGUCGUUUAGUAGAGAGCAAAGUGCCACCGUGGUUUGACAUUGAGCGGAAACUGAGUGACCAAGUGUCGAUGUGUAAUUUCUGGGCAAAUCGCUUGUGCUGUCAGGCAGCCGAUCGAGCGAUUCAGAUUCAUGGCGGGGAUGGGUAUUCGCGUCAUUAUCCAUUUGAGCACAUUUAUCGACACUUCCGACGGUAUCGGAUCACCGAGGGUGCAGAAGAAAUCCAGAUGCGCAAGAUUGCUGCAUUUAUUUUUGGGUUUGCGGGUCCAAAGAAGGAGCUGGAGGCCCGGGGUAAGCGGAAAGCUAAAAUAUAA